UUUCUUUCUCCUCUGCUCUCUCUGUUCUGCUGCUGCCAACUCGGAGUAAAUAAGGACAUCGCAGCGGCACGAAAGCUCGAGCUCUCCCACUCCUCCUCCAUUACUCCUCCAAUGGCUUCCCCGCCGCCGGCGCCGGCGGUCGACGUGGACCUGGGGAAACUCAGCUACGAGAUCUUCUCCUUCCUCGAGAGCAAGUUCCUCUUCCCGGGCGGCGGCGGCCCGUGCUCGCUGCCGGGGACUCCGUCUCGGCCGGGGAACGGGCCGAGGGUGCGCGUGCUCGCGAUCGACGGCUGCGGCCCGGGCCCGGCGGACGCGCUGCUGGCGGCCGCCGCCAUGGCCAGGCUCGAGGCCGCGCUCAGGGCCAAGGUGGGCGACCCCGACGCCCGCGUCGCGGAUUUCUUCGACGCCGCCGCGGGGGCGGGCGCGGGCGGCGUGCUCGCGGCGAUGUUGUUCCUCAAGGGGGAUGAUGGGCGGCCGAGGUACUCCGCCGCGGAGGUGCUCGCGUUUGUUGCGGCGAGCCUCGGGAAGGGCGGGUGGGCUAAUGGCGGCGGCGGCGGAGGGUGGUUCCGCGGGAGGUUCGCCGCGCUGUUCCGCCGCGGCGACAGGGAUAGGUCGUCUUCUUCGUGCACGGCGAUGGGAAGGUCAUCUUCUUCGUCGACGGCGGCGUCGCUGAGGCGGGUGUUCGGCGAGUCGACGCUGCGGGACACGGUGGCGCCAUUGCUGGUCCCCUGCUACGACCUCUCCACGGGCGCCCCCUUCCUCUUCUCCCGCGCCGACGCCAUGGAGACCGACAGCUUCGACUUCCGCCUCCGCGACGUCUGCGCCGCCACCUGCGCGCCCGCCGCCGCCGUCCGCUCCAUCGACGGCCGCACCGCCAUCGCCGCGGCGUCCGGCGGCGUGGCGGCGAUGGGGAACCCGGCGGCGGCGGCCAUCACGCACGUGCUGCACAACAAGCGCGAGUUCCCGAUGGCCGCAUCCGUCGACGACCUGCUCCUCCUCUCCAUCGGCUCCGGCUCCGGCGCGGGGUCGGGGUCGGGUUCGUCGACGCCCGGGUGGCGCACGCCGGUGGUGCCCCGGUCGCCUUCCCCGGCGCAGAUGGUCCGGCUCACCGCCGAGGGCGUCGCCGACAUGGUCGACCAGGCCGUCGCCAUGGCCUUCUCCGGCUGCUCCGCCCACAACUACGUCCGCAUCCAGGCUGCGACGGCGGCGGCGGCCAUGGCUGGGAAAGAGGCGAAGAAGGCGGUGGCGAUGGCGGACGCGAUGCUGACGCAGCGGAACGUGGAGGCGGAGCUCUUCAGGGGCCGCCGGCUCUCGGAGAAGUCCAACAGGGAGAAGCUCGACGCCUUCGCCGCCGAGCUCGUCAGGGAGCACCGCCGCCGCCGUACUAUGAGCUCGCCGCCGCCGCCGCCCGGCAUCUUCCUCCCCAACGUCGACAUCAAGCAGGCCGCCACGCCGCCGAGGCUGUCCUUGUCGUCGGCGGCCACCACAGCCUCCUCCUCCUCCGGCGCCACCGCCGGUACCAUGCCGUCGCCGGCGUCGCAGGAGGACUUCUCCCGCCAUUGACGGCGGAUCGAGGUCGAGGUCGGUCGGUUGAUCGUGAGACGUGGACGGCUCACCUCCCGAGUUUUGUACAUUGCCUGAUUGCCGCCCUUGAGAGGAAUCAAAAGAUCAAACCACGCUUCUCUUAUUUAUUUCUUUUAUUUUAUUUCCCCCUCUGCUGUAGUAUUAUACUCCACCAUCGUCUUCUUCUCGGCGAGUCACUGACAGCAUCCUAUGAAAUCAAACCAAGUUCAGCAAUUCUGUACAGGUUAAUUACGUUA